GCAGAUGGUGGAAGACGUGAAGGCUGCUCCUUGGUGUUGAACUACAGACGAGGAGCCCCGUGCCCAUUGGCUUCGUGGAAAUGUGGCGAGGGGGGAGCGGGGCUUCCUGCGCUAUAAAAGCGGAAUGUGCGCGCGUGGAGAGGACGGUACCUUCAGUCAGUCGACCGGUGCGCAUCACAAAUAUCCACACGCAGACACGCACAGCGAAGCCAUGAGUGAGAGACAAGCAUCUGGCCCAAUGACCGGAAACAGCAAAGCAUCUGGCCAAGGGCUUCAAGGUCAACAAAAGGUACCAUCUAAGCAAGAAAAGAAGAACAACCUCCCCCAGGAUUUUGACAUCGACAUGGACGCCCCAGAGACGGCGAAGGCUGCUGUGACCAUCCAGUCACAGUUCAGGAAAUUCCAGAAAAAGAAGCAGGAUGUGAAGUCGUAGAGUGGCAUCUCCUAGCGUCGUCUUCAGCUGACGUGGGCCCGGUCAUGCAUGUCAUUUAAACUGCAUCAUCAUGAACUGGAAAGGGAGGGUGAGGGCGGGAUUCCUGAAGGUGGAGGUAGAAGGGUGCGGUUAAAUUGUACCUUUGUGAAAGUCUGUGCAUAAUGAAUAACUUUACUAUAUACAAAAUGUUGCAUUAUUACUUUCUUGGUGUAUGUAUUUAGAUAAUAAUAUAAUUUUGCUAUUUCUUUUUUACUUCAGUGACACUUUACAGUUUGGUUUCACACUCACUGCACACCCACAUAAACAGGAAGCUUAAAUAUGGGAGGUCUUCUCAUGUAAUGUUAAACAGCGAUCUUUGAUUGAUGCUAUAAUCUGGGUCACAGUACCAGCAAAAGAGUUGGGCUCCACUGGAGGCCUGUUAUUGGCUUCUUCCUGUGGCUGAGCAGAGUGAUUCCAUACUGUUACAGUGUCUUUAAAAUCCAAUCAAUUUAGUGUCUCUAAAUGUGUUCACAUGUCGCAGGUCUCCUCUCCGACACGCCUUUCCCCUGAUGACGCUCUCAGUUGUAUCUUUGUUGAUACUGCAGAUGUUGUGAUUGUGGGUCUUUGCCUGUUGUGGUUCCAGUGUGAUUCUUCAUUGUUAGAUUGGCUCACGUGUAUUGUACAAGCACACACAUGCAUGCAUGAACGCUCACACAUAUGCGCACACAUGCAUAUCCACUUCUACAGAGAAAUAAAUAAAGACAACAGAAAGGAGA